UCUGUUAUUUUGCAUGAUUGAUUUUCAGUUUUCAAGAAAAAUUUGACUGUGUUACACGUGACUUUGAAACGAAAACGAAUCAUCAUGUUGAAGAAAGCUCUGCCUCGUUUCCAACAACUUUCUCGUAAUAUUGUGAGUAGUAGUGGUAGUGGACGUCGAAUAGGAAUUGUUGGCGUCCCGCUGUCUGAUGGACAAGCUAAAAACGGUACUGAGUUGGCGCCGGAAGCGAUACGAAAUGCCGGAUUGCAGAAAGCCCUAAAUGGGAUAUCCGGCAAUAUUAAAAUCAAAGACUAUGGCGAUAUUCGCUACACUCCUGAGGCUUCACCAGGCUACAAAAACAUGGAAAAUUACGAAAAGGUAAUUGGCUGCAAUAAAGUACUUUUUGAGAAAAUGAAACAAGCCUUCAAGGAAAACGAUCAAGUUUUGACAUUGGGUGGUGAUCAUUCUAUGGCUAUAGGUUCUGUAUUAGGUCAUUUAGAGCAUGAUCCUGAUUUCAUACUAGUUUGGAUUGAUGCACAUGCUGAUAUUAACUUAAACGUUACAUCACCAACGGGUCAUAUGCAUGGUAUGCCAGUUUCAUUUUUGAUGGAGGAAAUGAGAAAUUUAACUUCGAAAUUUCCCAAUCUCAAUUGGACAAACAGAAGAAUUCCAGCUCGAAAAAUUGCAUAUAUUGGCCUUAGAGAUGUAGAUCCUUUGGAAAGUACCAUCUUGAAAAAAUUCGGAAUAGCAGCUUUUGGAAUGAACCAUGUCGACAAGCUUGGAAUAAAUUCAAUUAUAGAAGUCAUAAAUACUGCAUUGGAUCCAAGCAGAAAGUCAAAAAUUCAUAUUAGUUUCGAUAUUGAUGCCCUAGAUCCUAGCGAAGCUCCUAGUACUGGUACACCUGUCCGCGGUGGCUUAACGUUAAGGGAGGGAAUUCGAAUUAUGGAACAUUUUGCUAAAACCAACCGCGUGUCCUGUGUUGAUUUGGUCGAGGUCAAUCCGAAAAUUGGCGAUGCCGAGGAUGUUCAACGAACAACGAAAGCUGCAAUUGAAGUUAUAAAGGCUGCUUUUGGUAAUGAUCGAGCUGGUAAUGCAAAACAAUUGGAAGAAUUGGAAAAGGUGUUAUAAUAAAAUGGUGUGACUUUAAUCGAAAUAUACAUAGCGUUGAGUUCUA